CCCUCCAAGGCCGGAUCGUCAUAACCACCCUCUAACCUCCGCCGAUCUCCGCAACUUUCUUCAAGUUACCUCUGGUCUUUACACCUGUUCGUGGCCCCAAUCACCCUACCCUUAUAAUAGUUGUCCCCCAAUUGACACCCAAUUAACUCUCCGCCCUCUCCAGCGCUCCUUUCAACUCUCGUCCUUCCCAAAUCUCAACCACCUACUCCCAGCUCCAGCUCGCACCUCCGUGUGACACCAUGCCCGACCCGCGAGUCUUCAUAAUCCGCCACGGCGAAACAGAAUGGUCCCUCAACGGCCGCCACACAGGCACCACCGAGCUGCCCCUAACCGCCAACGGCGAGAAGCGCAUCCGCGCAACAGGCAAAGCCCUCGUCGGCGACGACAGGCUCAUAGUCCCCGGAAACCUCGCGCACAUCUACGUAUCCCCCCGCCACCGCGCCCAACGCACCCUCGAACUCCUCGACCUCGGCUGCCGCGACCGCUACCCCUGGCACUCCUCCCCCUCCCCCUCGCUCAACCCUCGCACAAACGCCUCCAUCGAAGUCACGCCGCUGAUCCGCGAAUGGGACUACGGCGCCUACGAGGGCCGAACGUCGCCGCAGAUCCGCGCCUCGCGCGCCGCGCGCGGCCUGAGCGCCGACUGGGACAUCUGGCGCGACGGGUGCGAGGGCGGCGAGGCGCCCGAGGACGUGAGCGCGCGCCUGGACGCGCUGAUCCGCGAGCUGCGCGCGAAGUACCACAAGGGCCGCUUUGGGCGCGAUGCCGGGUGGAAGGGCACCGGCCCGAAUGAUGUGCUGAUUGUGGCGCAUGGGCAUAUACUGAGGGCGUUUGCGGCGAGGUGGAUUGGGAGAAGGUUGGAGGAUAAUCCGAGUUUGAUUUUGGAGGCGGGGGGCGUGGGGACGUUGAGCUACGAGCACCAUAAUAUUGAGGAGCCGGCUAUAUUACUGGGCGGUGCGUUUGUCGUUGACGUGGUGGAGAAGGAGGAGGAAAAGAAGAAAGAGUAGCGUCCACAUUAGAGAAAGAGCAGUCUCAGAUUACCAUCGUAGACACGGAAUGAGGAUGUCUGUUCUUCGAGGGCUUCAGAACCUUAUCAAUUGUCGAGCUGGCAAGCCACACCGAAGUGAGUAUCAUCGUCUCAUAUUUAUGCGUCCGAAGGCGCCUAAUUACAAAACACGAUCCGUUGCCUUUCCUUGGUCCAUCGCCUGUUCUACCUUGAUAUCACAUCACACUGCCUGACUUUCCUGAUUGCCUGUUCAUCAUCCAUUCGAUUCCAUAUAUCAAAUCCAGUCGUCGUUCACCAGUCGCAUUAUUGUAGUACCGUAUUUGUCGCAAGAGUCGGAGACCUAAGCCGCCAUAACUCGCUGAUAAUCAAGAGACUUCUGCUUGGCGCGCUUGACCAAAUUGUCGCCGUUCUGCC